GCAGUGACCCAAAUGAGAAAAAAGUGGAAAAUGGGAGGCAUGAAAUACAUCUUUUCCUUGUUGUUCUUUCUUUUCCUAGAAGGAAGCAAAACAGAGCAAGUAAAACAUUCAGAGACAUAUUGUGUGUUUCAAGACAAGAAGUACAGAGUGGGUGAAAGAUGGCAUCCUUACCUGGAACCUUACGGGUUGGUUUACUGUGUGAACUGCAUCUGCUCAGAGAACGGGAAUGUGCUUUGCAGCCGAGUCAGAUGUCCAAAUGUUCAUUGCCUCUCUCCUGUGCAUAUUCCUCAUCUGUGCUGCCCUCGCUGCCCAGAAGACUCCUUACCCCCAGUGAAUAAUAAGGUGACCAGCAAGUCAUGUGAGUACAAUGGGACCACUUACCAGCAUGGAGAGCUCUUUGUGGCUGAAGGGCUCUUUCAGAACCGGCAACCCAAUCAGUGCACCCAGUGCAGCUGUUCGGAGGGGAAUGUGUAUUGUGGUCUCAAGACUUGCCCCAAAUUAACAUGUGCGUUUCCAGUCUCUGUUCCGGAUUCCUGCUGCCGGGUGUGCAGAGGGGAUGGAGAAUUGUCGUGGGAACAUUCUGAUGGUGAUAUCUUCCGGCAACCUGCCAACAGAGAAGCAAGACAUUCCUACCACCGCUCUCACUAUGAUCCUCCACCAAGCCGACAGGCUGGAGGUCUACCCCGCUUUCCUGGGGCCAGAAGUCACCGGGGAGCUCUUAUGGAUUCCCAGCAAGCAUCUGGGACCAUUGUGCAAAUUGUCAUCAAUAACAAACACAAGCAUGGGCAAGUGUGUGUUUCCAAUGGGAAGACCUAUUCCCAUGGCGAGUCCUGGCACCCAAAUCUCCGGGCAUUUGGCAUUGUGGAGUGUGUGCUAUGUACUUGUAAUGUCACCAAGCAAGAGUGUAAGAAAAUCCACUGUCCCAAUCGAUACCCCUGCAAGUAUCCUCAAAAAAUAGAUGGAAAGUGCUGCAAGGUGUGUCCAGGUAAAAAGGCAAAAGAAGAACUUCCUGGCCAAAGCUUUGACAACAAAGGCUACUUUUGUGGAGAAGAAACAAUGCCCGUGUACGAGUCUGUAUUCAUGGAGGAUGGGGAGACUACCAGAAAAAUAGCACUGGAGACUGAGAGACCACCUCAGGUAGAGGUCCACGUUUGGACCAUCCGAAAGGGUAUCCUCCAGCACUUCCACAUUGAGAAGAUCUCCAAGAGGAUGUUCGAGGAGCUCCAUCAUUUCAAGCUGGUGACCAGGACUACCCUGAGCCAGUGGAAGAUAUUCACCGAAGGAGAAGCUCAGAUCAGCCAGAUGUGCUCAAGUCGUGUGUGCAGAACAGAGCUUGAAGAUUUGGUCAAGGUUUUGUACCUGGAGAGAUCUGAAAAGGGCCACUGUUAGGCAAGACAGACAGUAUUGGAUAGGGUAAAGCAAGAAAACUCAAGCUGCAGCUGGACUGCAGGCUUAUUUUGCUUAAGUCAACAAUGCCCUAAAACCCCAAACUCAAAAGCAGUCAAUUAUUCACGCCAUGUACAGCAUAACUUGCUCCUUUAUGUGGAGUGGUGUGUCAGCCCUUGAACAUCUCCUCCAAAGAGACUAGAAGAAUCUUGAAUUAUUUGUAGAAGGAGGGAGGGAUGGAACACCACAACACUGCUCUAGUUUUUUGGAGAAUCACAUUUCUUUACAGGUUAAAGACAAACAAAAAACCCCCAGGGUUUUUAUCUAGAAAGUUAUUCAAAUGAAAGAAAGAGAAGGGAAUUGCUUAGUAGGAGUUCUGGAGUAUAGAAUAAUUAUUUGUAUGAAAUUAUACUCUUUGAAUUUU